AUGCGUAAACUAGUCAUUCCAAAGUACUUUGGGCGUCCAUCGAUAGGAUUGGCUCUUUUUGGCUGCACAAAUCGGCCUUUUUACCACAUUUGCGUCUUUCCUGACCGCGCGUUAGGUCGAAGAUACGAGAGUAACAUUUUGGAGCAGGUUAAAUGAAGUCGCGAAAAAAAAAACUUUGAGUGUGAUUUCUAGGUUGGCACAUUCGAUCCGUUGCCAAAUUCGAAAAACGAAAAACUCGUGUCUUUAAAUUUCGGACGGCUGAAAUAUUGGUUAGGUGAGCGAAACGCUCACGUCUCAGUUCCUGUUCUGGAACUUCUAGGUACGGAAUUUUUUUAUAAUCAUAAUUAAAACUUAGUUGAUGAAAUGUUUAGUGAAAUGAAUGAUAGUUCUGCAGGCCUCUCUGGACUUUUUCCGAUUCACCCGAAAACCUUUGUUCGAGCGCGUGAUAAUCGCGAAGUUCUGAAGGCCAAGGAAGCGGCGGCAAUUGAGGCGGCCUCCAAAAAGGAAGACGAAGAAGUCGCACCCGAAGAGCAGCAGGUAAUCUUUACCUUUAUCGGAUUUGCUCAUGGUUAAUUCGUAUUUUCAGUCGGUCGCGGCUAAAGUUUGA